CGAGCAUGGCGGUAGUAACACCGAUGAGCUGAAUACAUCGUCGGCAGAGAAGGGUCCUACUGUCGUGGAACUCGCAAGCGAUCAUGCAGAGCUCUGCCAGGCCGACUCCAGCGGCCAUCAUCCCUCUUGCGGAUCUCCUCCCGGGCCACGUAGGAUGCAAGAUCCGCACUGCCGGCGUGACGCUAGCAUAUGAUACAGCCUCGCAGCUGGGCCUGAUCUCUCAUCGUAAGACGACUCUUCUCGUGGACUUUGGCCUGAUCGCGCCAACGACCUUUGAACUCAAGACCAAGGUGAUGGUCAUGGGAGACCUUGAGCCAUCACAGGAUGCCUUGCCUACAUCGCUCAAAUUUCCUUUGCCCAAGAUCCCAGCCACUUGGCAGGUAGCUCCAAUGCCAGGUCUUGUGUUGAGAGCCACGAUACUGCGACCUUGCCACAGCCUGGACCUCGAUGUGUGGGAGGAAGCUGCCAGAAGGGAAAGCGCAGCCAGAUGGUCAGAAGUACAGGACGUACGAGGGCAGAGGUGGGCUGACAGAUGAUAGGGAAGCAGAUCAAAGGCAGGGCUCAAGAGACGAAGGAUUCACGUUUUCAGAUGUCAUCUGUGCAGCAUCUCGCAGAUAAUGUAUUGGUAUCACAUUUCAUUCCCAUUUUCAUCACAGUGCUUCGC